GCCCUAUCAAUUUUUGCUGGGCUUGGGAGGAAACAAAAUAAUUAAAUAGCUUCUUUUCCUUGAUUAUAUGUUGCUUACUUUUAGCUUUCGAUGAAAAAUAGAGAUGAGAGGUAGAGAGAGAGAGAGAGGUUGGGGUCGGAGAUUACAGGGCAGACGUUUAGCACAGGCAUAUGAGAGGUAUAGAUUCCAGGAUAGGGGUCGUCACCAACAGAAUUCGAGUGUCUAUGACAAACUAGGCCGCGGACGGGUGUUAGAGAUUGAUUGUCCGGUGAAGAGAGACAGAUUGGGCAGACGAUUCGGGUUUGUCCGAUUCCUAGAUGUGCAGAAUGAAGGAGAACUGGAAAGAAGUCUAAAUGAAGUCCGGAUAGGGAAUCAUGUAUUGCAAGCAAACAAACCGAGGUUCAUGAAGAGGGAUCGAACUAUAAAGGAGACUCCUAGCAAUCACCCCAGGACCCGGAAAUGGAGCCAUCAAGACACUAAGGGUGACAGUAGCAGACCAACAUACGCUGAGGUUGUACAAGGUGCUAUCAGAAAGAGGGGAAAAGGACACAUGAAUAGAAGAUGGGAGAGAAGAACAGGGCAGAGGAAUGGAAUUAACUUGAUUCCUAACCUGCAAGAAAAAUUCUUCUUGGAAGGAGUUUUCUAUUGCAAGAUCACACCUAUGGGAGGCAGAUUAGUGCUAUUAGAAGGUAAAGAUUAUGAGGAUUUGAAGGAAUUGGUUGAUAGGGGAAAAGACUGGAUGGGGCAGUGGUUUGAAGAGGUGAAUCCUAGGUCCCCUUCUACGGUUGCUACAGAGAGGUUUGCUUGGAUACGAUGUCAGGGGCUACUAGCGCAUACUUGGAAAUUUGAGACUUUCCAAACCUUCGGAAGGUUAUGGGGAAAUCUAAUAUCCCUAGAUGAUAGCACAAGCAGCAAGAAGAGAUUUGACGCUGCAAGAUUCCUAAUCUCUACUCCAUCUUCAGAGACAAUCUACAAGUCUAUCAAAGUAAAGAUUAAUGGCAAGUUCUUCAUACUGAAGUUCACAGAGGAAGAGUCAACUAAUUCACUAUUCACCAUGAGGUCAGACAAGGUACUCCACGAUCCAAACGAAGAAGAAGAUGAAGAAAACAGUUCCUUAGAAAGCCUGUAUGAGUUAGAUUCAGUAAAAAACGUGGAGCUUCUAGAACAAGCUGAGUGUCAGAUAUCGGGCGAUGAAGACAGUGGUGACAAGGAGGACACGGAGGAUGAACUGGCAAUCCAGAAUGCUGUCGCUGGUGACAGGAGGUUGACAGAGGAUGAUCUGGCAGCACAGCUUGAUGAGGAUCAAAACAAGAUAGAAGUGACAAGACAUGAUGAUGAGGUGGCCAGCCACAGCGAGACAUUGGAAGGCUUUAGACGCAAGGUGGGCGGGAUAGCUUCUACCAAUACCGAGGUGGUUGAGGAAACAAUGGGUAUGGGUGAAUCCAGGAAGGGAUUUCAGAAUCCAAUUUCAAAUUCAAAAAAUCCAGAAGAGGGGGAUACAAGAAAGAUUAUGGAGGAUCCAGAAUUGACGACUAAUAAAGCUGGUCAAGGAAAUUUGGAAAAUGACAGCCAACUCAGUACCAAUGAAGAGAAGGGUAGCUUCGGCAAGUCUAAUCAAAAGAGAAAAAAUACAACAAAAGAAGGAAGUAGAAGUAGUGGAUCAGAGGAAGAAUAUGAUAGAGUUUUAGCGGAUGGGCCAUCAACAAAAGAAAUGGGCCUACAAGAGGAGACGAGGCCGAGAGUGGAUGAUCCUCAUAAGCCACCACUUGCAGGCCCAGCAAUGCAGACGGAGAAAACUAAUUGCAGGCCAAAAAUAAAAAUCAGACAAACUGUCUCCUCUUUUUGGGACGAUCUCGAUAGUGAUCCUGAUAUCCCUGCACCUUGGAUGAACAACAAUGUUGGGUACAGGAGAAGAAAAAAGAAAAGAAGAGCAAAGUCUUGUGCCUCAGUCUACAGGAAAAUAGGGGGAUUGGAAGGCUUCCUUGUUCAACAAAAUCCAGGGCAGAGAAACGCAUCAGCGAAAGCAAAAAAGGAAAUUCUGUUUGAAAAAAACUCAGAGAAACCGGUAGCGGAUGACUCAAUCAACGACAACAACAUCCAAAAUCGGAACAGAAGCAUUGAAAUAAGAAGCAAAAAAAGGAACACGGAAGCUUUAUGGUCCCAAAUCAAAGAGAUAGGGGAAACAAAAUUGGAGUCUGUAGAUAAUAGGCUGUGUAGCAUGUUGUGGGAUUCAGAUAAUUUUCCGUGGGUGGCACAACCCGCUAAUGGAGCAUCAGGAGGAAUAUUAAUUAUUUGGAAUGCUUCUGUCUUCAAGAAGAUCAGUAGUUUUCAAGGGGCAGGAUUUUUGGGGAUUCAGGGGACUUGGGGAGAAGAAAAUACUCCCUGUUAUCUGUGCAUAGCUGAGGACUUCAAUGCCAUCCGAAGUCUUCAAGAACGAAAGGAAGGUACCAGUGUCAUGAGGGAGAUCAGGGAGUUUAAUGAAUUCAUUGAGAUGAAUGGGUUGGUGGAUCUCCCUAUGAUAGGGAGAAAAUGCACUUGGUACCAACCGAAUGGCAGCUGUAUGAGUCGCUUGGAUAGAUUCUUAUUCUCUGAGGAAUGGAUGGUUAAAUGGACAGAUUUGAAGCAAUGGGGGUUACCUAGAUGGAGAAGGAAUGAGAUUAAUUCCUUAUCAGUAAGUGGGAGGGUUUUGCAAGAAGUCAACGAGUUAAAAGAGGGAGUAACCGAAUAUUUUAUGAAUCUUUUCGCAGAGGAUGGCUGGAAGUGGCCAGUUUUAGAUGAAGUGGGAUUUAAAAAAAUUUUCGAAGCUGAUAAGGAGCUCUUAACAGAACCAUUCCUUGAAUCAGAGGUCAAAGCGAUAGUUUGGAAUUGUGAUAGUGCAAAGGCUCCAGGCCCAGAUGGUUUCAGCUUUGGGUUCUUAAAAGCAGAAUGGGAAGUGAUCAAAGAAGACAUUCUAAAGUUUCUGGCAGAUUUCCAUAGUAACAACAGAUUGGUGAGAGGCUCCAAUCCAUCAUUUCUGGUGCUGAUACCAAAAAAGGAGAAUCCACAAGGAAUCGAUAAGUACAGACCUAUCUCCUUGAUAGGUUGUAUGUAUAAAAUCCUUGCUAAAAUCUUAGCCAAUAGAUUGAGUAAGGUCAUGGAUGGGCUCAUAGGUGAUCAACAAUCAGCAUUCAUCGGAGGGAGACAACUAGUUGAUGGAGUAGUCAUUGCGAAUAAAACGAUCGAUGAGAUUAGAAGAAAAAAAAUGAGAUGCUUUCUUUUUAAGGCCGACUUUGAGAAGGCAUAUGACAAUAUCAGCUGGGAGUUUCUGGAUUACAUGCUAGAGAGAAUGAAUUUCGGGUCGAUUUGGAGGGGAUGGAUCCAAGAAUGUCUCCGAUCAAACUCGGUCUCAGUUCUACUCAAUGGUAGUCCAACAAAGGAGUUUGCUAUGCAAAGAGGACUAAGGCAAGGUGAUCCUCUAGCUCCUUUCUUGUUUCUUAUUGUAGCGGAAGGACUUAAUGGAAUCAUCUCGUCGGCGGUUGAGAGAGAACUAUUCGAAGGAAUCCCAAUUGGAGGAGGGGGUAUUAAUAUCUCCCAUUUACAGUUUGCAGACAACACCCUAAUAUUCGGGACAGCAACAGAAGACAAUGUAUGGACGACAAAAUGCAUUAUGAGGGCCUUCGAACUUGUCUCCAGCUUGAAAAUAAACUAUGGUAAAAGCUCCUUUAUUGGAAUCAAUGUUGACAAUCUAUGGGAAAAGGAAAUGACAUGGCUAUUAAACUGCAAACCAGGAUCCUUGCCGUGUAAAUAUUUGGGUAUCCUCUUAGGAGCAGACCCGAGAAGGCUUGAUACAUGGAAGCCACUCAUCGAUUCUUUUAAAAUAAAAGUAUCAUUGUGGAGGGGGCAAUAUCUAUCUUUUGGAGGAAGAAUCACUCUCAUCAACUCUAUACUGUCUAGUCUUCUAGUGUUUCUAAUGUCCUUUCACUGCCUACCAAAGAGUGUCAUAAGGGAGAUAGACAAAAUUAGGAGGAGAUUUUUAUGGGGGGGGGGAGUAGGGGAGAGGAAAAAAGUCGCAUGGGUAGCAUGGGAGAACAUUUGUCUGAAUAAGUUCGAAGGGGGCUUGGAUAUUAAAAAUCUGUCAUGCUUCAAUAAAUCAUUACUAGGAAAAUGGUGGGGAAGAUUGCUUAUGGAGAAGGGGGGGUUGUGGAAGAGAGUCCUAGCUGAAAAAUAUGGGAUUAAGGAAGGGUAUUGGCUUACUUGCUUAAAGGAGGGCAGUUCCCAAGGAUCCAAAUGGUGGACGGAUGUUUGCAAAAUAGAUCAAGGGGAGGGUAUAACGAAUAAUUGGGUGAGCUUAGGGUUUGAAGCAAAAUUGGGGGACGGUGGAACCUUGAAAUUUUGGUCGGAUGUAUGGGUAAGAGGGAGAGCACUCUCUAACAAAUUUCCUCAUUUUUUUUCGUUAUCCACAGGCCAAAAUGAAAAUGUCAAAGAUAUGGGAACUUGGAGGAAUAACAGCUGGAACUGGGAAUUACCAUGGAAGCGUCAACUUCGCUCAUGGGAAGAGGAAUUAGAAAGAGAGCUGCUAGAGACAAUCAAAACUGCUCACCCAAUUCAGAACAAAAAAGAUCAAUGGAGAUGGCAUCUCGAUCCCUCAGGAAUUUAUUCAACCAAGUCUGCAUACUCUCAACUCUCAAAGGGUGUUUCAAGACAUGCAGGAGACUUCAAGAGGGUAUGGAAAGUCCCCAUUCCACCUAAAGUAAGUGCAUUAUGUUGGCAACUGCUUCAUAGAAAACUUCCUACAGAAGAUAAUCUAGCAUCUCAUGGAAUUUUAAAGGACAUCUCAAGUUUAAAUUGCUGCUGGUGUGAUACAUUACACGAGAGUCCUGACCACAUAUUUUUUCAUUGUAAUUUGGCUUUCUCUUUGUGGAUGAAAUGCUAUAAGUGGUGGGGAGUGAAGUAUGUUAUGAGUAACUCAUGCAGGAUGAUUUUAGAACAACACAAAUGGACUGGGGGCAAUAAAUUAAUAGAUAAAGGAUGGAAUAUCAUUUGGUUUGCAGUGGUAUGGACUCUAUGGCUGGGAAGGAAUGACUUGAUUUUUAACAAAAAGGAGGCAAAGGCCAACUAUUUAUUUGAGCUAGUCCAAACUCGAUCUUUCUACUGGGCUAAGCAUAUAGCUGGAAUGGACGAGAUAUCUCUGUCUGCUUGGUGCGAGAACCCAACCAACUGUUUAAAGAACAAUUUCAAUUAGAAAGACAGUGUCUAAACUAGUCUUUUUUGGAUCUUACUCUGUUUUUGCUCCGUUACAGCAGUCGGCAGGAUAUUUUUUGGAACCUGCUGUUUUGCUGGGUGUAAAAAUUUGGGUUGGAAUACCCCUAGUAUUCCAAUAUUAAUAUAUCAUUUGCUUUUCA